GGCCCCGCACCGCCAUGGACCUGCUGUUCGCAUUGUUCCGCGGCCUGCGGCUGGCCCUGGACCUGCUGGUCCUGGUGCUGGACGUCAACUUCUUCCUGGUGUCCUCGCUGGUGUCUGCGCUGCUCUGGCUGAUCGCCGCGGCCUACAGCCUCCCCACGGCCGCCGCCGCCGGGGCUCUGGCCUGCUGGGACGGGCUGCUGCUGGCGCUGGCCUGGCUGGCGCGGGCGGCCUGCGGCCUGGCGCUGGGCACGCUGCAGGGACUGGCCGGCCUGCUGCGCGGCUGCUGCUGCGGCCUGGAGGGGCUGAAGGUGGCGGGGAACUUGCUGUCACACCUGAUGCUGCGGAGCCGGGAGCUGCUGCACCGCGGGCUCUGCGGGCUGCUGGGCUGUGGGCAGGCCCUGGCCAGGCAGCUCUGCGAGGGCCUGGCCAUCGGCACCAGCCUGCUGGCCUACCUCAUCAACAGCCUGGUCAACGUGUGCCUCAUCGGCACGCAGAACCUCUUCACCCUGCUCGUGGCCCUGUGGGACUCUGUCACCGGCCCCUUCCUUAGGGUCACGGACCUGCUGGCUGCUUUCCUCGCGCACGUCUCCAGCGGCGCCAUUGCUGUGUCCAUCCUGCUGUGGUCGCCCUGCCAGCUGGCCUUCAAGCUCCUGGCCUCCGCUGCUGAGCUCUUCAUCAACAUCUUCUUCGUCAAUAUUUAUGGCCUGGGAUUGCUCCUCCUCAUUAUUUUUGUCAGCUCCUUUGUCUUCAACCCCGGGCUGCUGUGGACACUGACAGGCCACAUGAUGGGCUACUUCAGCGCGCUGCCUUCCUACCACCGCCUGCAGCGGGAUGUGUGGCGGCUCUAUCAGGUGGCAGUCCUGACCCUGGGUAUGGCCAUGACCUCUCAGGCCUGGCGCAGAUUGGUGGACUGGAGUUUGCAUGUGACUGACUGGAGCCGAGGAGGCAGAACGAUGAACCGGGAAAGAAACCAGCGAGGGGCAGCUCUGCUCGCCACCAGACCUGCAACCCCUGGCAGGCCAGCGCUGGCAGGAGUUGGCCAUCUGCCAGCCGAGCAUGAGGACCAGCUGGACAUGGAGCAGGUACCACAACUGCAUCCUCCUCCGAGUCGAAGUGCACUGGCAGGACAGCGUCUCCAGCCACCCAGGGAGGAACCGAGCACCUCCUGGGGGAAAGCUCCGAGGAAGCAGCAGCUGAAUGCAGCAGCUGGGAAUGCUGAGGGUAUCCCAGAUAACGACCCCUGGAUGCUCCUGAAAGAACAAGAGGAACAUAAGAAAUGCGUCAUCUGUCAAGACCAAACCAAGACAGUCCUGCUUCUGCCCUGCAGGCACCUGUGCCUGUGUCAAGAGUGCACAGAAGUCCUCCUGCGGCAGGCCAUCUACCAGCGCAACUGCCCGCUGUGCCGCCAGAUGAUCCUCCAGACACUCAACGUGUACUUGUAAACCCAAGCUGCUUGCUUGAGGUCAGCCAUGCACCACAGCCAGUUUUUGGAUGGAGCCAGACAGACUGGAAAGAGUCUUGACUUAUGAACUGCAAGCCAAGAGCCUGAGGACGGCUGGCAUGGUCUUGCUUCUCUGUUCUCCUUCUUGAUUAGUGAUUUAAGCCAAAACAGAGGCAGAAGAGAGGCCAGGCCAUGCUGGGAGAUGCCUUUGUACUGUAAACAUGACCUGUGGCAAGACUAUCUGGCUGGAGAGUGGCUUUGCUUUGGGAGGCAGCGCAGGGGCCGGUUGCCCCUGUGUUCGCUGGGGGCUGGAGGGACUCCCUGGGCCAAGCUGGGCUCCCGAGUGCUAACGGGUGUGAGAAGGGCCAUGUGAGCUGCUUCCACCUCACCUUGCAGAGAGGCAAAGCUCCUUGCCCAAGCCCUGUUGCCCAGCCUCUUGUCCCUGUGCCUCCCCAGAUGCACGCCACCCACGUCAAUGUUUGCUCCCUCCAGCCACCUUUCCUGUGGCUGCAGCCAGUGACACUUGCAAUGGAGCAGCCCAGCCCUUGCCAGAGCAGCGAGCGCAGCCCCGGAGGCUGUGUUCCCCAGCAGCUCUCUCCUUCCAGGAGGACUUCUGCAAGCGCCUGGGACAAGCUGGACCCUUCCCUGGCUACGCCUCUGGACACACUCAGGAGUGGGACUGUGGCCAUGCUGCUGACUGCAGGUGGUGGUGUUUGGUUCGGACCAGCUCACAGAUCUUGGGAUGCAACAUUUCCUACAUGAGUUACAGGAGGGGAAGGAUACCUCUGCAGGACUACAGUUUCUCUCUGCAAACCUUUUUUUUUUUUUUUUUUUUUUUCCCUGUUAUAGCAGUCACGCUUAUUGUUUUAGAGCCUGUUUGUUUGCUGCCUGUUUGUAUUAAAAAAAAAAAAAAAAGGAAAGAGAAAGCUUUGCCUUAAGUUAACUUUUUGCACUAAGGAGUAGAUACCAAGUAGAUUAAAGUCUUCUUUAUCAAAA